GAAGUGAGACAACUGCGGCUGGACGUGGGCGCAGCUGUGCAAUUUUCGGUUCAAUAUUUUUCAAAUGUCCGGACAUUUCAAGACUAUAUGUAUAUAAUUUAUUUGCUGGGCAUUGUUUUUAAUAAAUGUACGUUAAAUUAUAAGAUUUGUGCAGACAAAACGGAAAAUAAAUUAACUUUGUUGUUAUUUGUGUGAAAUAUAUUAUAGAUAACUGUAUUGUGUAGCGUCAAAGGAUACGAAGUGUGUGUAAUUAAAAGCAAAAAGUGGCGAAAAUAAGAUUGAAAAAAAACAAGCCGCAAAAGUAACAAAAGGACAAAAAAAAAUCAAAACAAACUGUGAAUCAACAGUAAGAAGAUUAUAACUGCCGUCCAAAGAUCAGUAACCCGCUCAAUCUUUGCUGUGCUGUUGCGUGCGCAUUAACACGUGCAAAUAAAUCGCCACUCGUUGCCGUCCCCACUUACAGUGUAUUUUGGGCUCGCACACCCACGCACUCGCUCAACAGCUGCGAGCGCAUUCACAUCUCAACCAGUUUUGUUGCAUGGCAAGCGCGAUCAUUCGCAGUGUAGCGGUUCAUCCACGAUCUACAGCGAUUCAAUUCACCGAUUGCAUUUGCCUUGAUAACGGUGUUACGUCUGCAAACUCAUCACCUUACCGACCGACUCAGCUGCCGCCAGUGGCUCCUUACAAACCACCGGAAAUAAACGACGAGAGUUUAGGUUUUAGCUACUCGAAAACUACCACACCACUCUGCGCAUGCGUGAAUUGUACUAAAAAAGUGUCAUCAUUUGGUUUCGAUCGCUUUCAAAGUGAUAUAAUUUCUACAUCUACGACCAAUACCACACUGGUGGAGGUGGAAAAGGAGAAAUUGGCGACUAACGACGAUCACCUAUCACCGAUCGUUGAGCAUACCUCAGUGCAGGAGGACGCAGCGGCUUUAGGAGCACUCAGCAAGAAAAAAUCACCUCUAUUCGGUAGAAAAAAGCGUAACGAUUCAUCAACUACUCUACUCUCACAAUCGUUUUCUUUGCGUACCGUGGAGCCAUUCUACGGCAGUGAGGAGCCGAAACAGGCAAUUAAUCAAAAUAAAAUCGAUCAUAGCGCUGUUGAAGCGAUCAAAAUGAGUUUGAGAAGAGCAAACGGCAUCGCCAGAAGCCCAACCAAUGGCACAGAUAUCAAUCGUAAUAAUGGACAAAUUGGAAAUGGGGUUUUAUUGGGUGUCGAAAAUAAUUGGUUUCCGGAAAUAUGCUCAGAUUAA